CGAGGCGGCGCCUCAGGCGCGGCGCUGGGCCGGGGCUGGGGCCGGGGCUGGGGCGCGCAGGGCGGCCGCCGCCUCCCGCCGCGGGGAUGAGCGCCUCGGCGGCCACCGGCGUGUUCGUGCUCUCGCUCACCGCCAUCCCCGUCACGUACCUCUUCAACUGCCUGGCGGCCACCGGCAGUUCCUGGGUGAUUGUUGCAGUUGGAUUGCUGGUUCUGGUUCUUAUUGCUCUGUCAGCUCGUGUUCUUGUCAAGAGGAAGCCACCCAAAGACCCUCUGUUCUAUGUUUAUGCUGUAUUUGCCUUUACCAGUGUAGUGAAUCUAAUAAUUGGACUCGAACAGGAUGGAAUUAUUGAUGGAUUCAUGACUCAUUACUUGAGAGAGGGGGAGCCCUACCUGAACACUGCCUAUGGCCACGUCAUCUGCUACUGGGACGGCUCGGCGCACUACCUGAUGUACCUGCUGAUGGUGGCAGCUAUUGCCUGGGAACAAAGCUAUAGAACCAUUGGUCUCUACUGGCUGGGUUCCAUUAUCAUGAGCAUCAUUGUCUUUAUGCCUGGAAAUAUUGUGGAUGCUGGCAUACAUGUUCUACUCAGUGCCAUACUAUGUGAUUGCUCUCUAUGGCCUGCUGGUGCCUGGCUGCUCCUGGAUGCCUGAUUUGACCCUUAUACAUGCUGGAGGACUAGCUCAGGUAUUUCUUUGCAAAAUUUUCACUUUUAAAUUACAUUAUAAUAAGUAGAGACCUAUGGAAUCAAUGAUCUUCCCAUGUAGGUUUUGUGCUGAUGUAACCCAGAUCACCUUUCAUAUCUGUAAAAACCCAUUAAUUUAAGGGAGUGAAAAAUCAAAUCUACUACUCUCUAAUGACCACAUUCUUGCUUUGCAGACUUCUCUCCUUCUACACAAUGUUUUUAUUGGGCUCAUUGAAACCUUAUUAAGCACCAUGCACUCUUUAGCUGGCAUCAUGAAGGAAGCCCAUCUUAAAGCUGUGACAGUCAAUCGUAAAAAAACCCAACAAAACCCAAACACAACACAACAGCACAAUACAUUGUUUCCAUAAUAUGGGUUGGUCAAGUAGGUAGUUUGAAAUAUAUAAAGAGAAAAAGUGUCUCCUUGUCACACAAAAUGUACAAUAUCAGUAGAUGAUGUUGAGAGAACUCAGGGAACCUCCUGGGCCACAAACCACAGUACCACUCAGAAGUGUUUGUGUUCCCAACAGCAGACAAUGAUAAUUUUUUCUUUUACUCAUUCCACUCUGGUUCUCUUAAAUAAACAACUGUAGUUAAUUACUAAAUGGGGCUGAUGCUUAUGAGAAGACCGACCAAAACAAUUCAAUAGGAACUAGUAAAUGACUUAUGACAGACAGAUGAGCAUUAAGCAGAUGAGACACAGGGACAAUUGGUUUGUUCUGUACAUAGGAAAUGAAAUGUGUGAGCUCAGAAACAGACAACACAGAAAAUAAGCACGACAAUCCUGCCACAAUAGUGACAACACAGGCACACAGCAAUAACUGUAAUCCAAAUACCACUAUGAGACAAACACAAACCAACACGGUUCCUCAGGUCUGACAUAAUCAUAGAAACAAACUACAGUCCACUUUAACUGCCCAAUAAGAAGGGUGGAGUGAUAUUUUCUAUUUGGAAGCAGUUACUGCAGAGAAUAGGACUUCUUUUUUCUUCUCUACCAGUUUGUAGAGAAUCUUGAACUAUCAUGUUAUAUCAAAACAGAAUCUGGCAAACAUUGAUGAGGAAGUUUAGAUGCUCAAAAGGUAUAAUAAAUACUGUACAACUGUGUUUGGCCAAAAUCUAAUUUAAAAAAAAAACAAAAAAAAGCACAAGCUAGCUAAGUCGGCCAGGCUGUGUCGGGAACUUCCUCUACUGACAGAUUACUCAGGUUCCAUAAACUGCCCAAACAAUCAGGGAAAAAACACUCCUUCAAAGAUGUUAACACAGGAAAAAGUAAAUCAGAAGUCAGUGUGCUGACUACCACAACCUUGCAAACUUACCAGAAAGCUCAAUCUCCCAGUCUGGAGGUGAUUUUUUUUUUGUAGGUUUGGUUUUUUUUCCCACCUUUUAUAUGUUUCCUGUAACAAAUAAUCACCUUUUUUUUUUUUUUUUAACAGUCCUUUGUACCUUUUAGAUGUGUGAAUGCUAAACUUUGUUGCUGAAGUCUAAAACCCCUCUGUUGUUCUUUGUGGUUCUGCCUCAGGAUGUCCAUUUACACAUUAGACUAACACCCAACAUUUUCCAUUUCACUACUUAAAGCUUGUCCUGGCACCAGCAAAUGCUGUGGGCUGACAGAAACUGAUUAAGAGAACUCUAUGUUGCUGUGCACUCUUCAUAUUUUAUCUUGCUUCCAAAAACAGUUCUUGACAUUUGGGAGAGGGUUUUUUUUUGUCAUUUUGACUUUAAUGCACUGCAGGAUGAACUUCAGUUAUCCUACAAAUAAACAUGAUUUAAUUGAUUUGAUAAACUUGGUAAACUGUGACCAACCUGGGAUGUAAAAUGCAUGUGACAAAGAACUGAGGACUCUUUCUUGAUUAUUUGAGUGCUUUGUCAUUUUGAGGCAAAAACCACAUUUACAGGUUUGUCUACUGUUACCUUAAGUUAAAACACUUAACUGAUAAUUAAUAUGUAGUUACCAAACAAACUUUGCUUCCUCUCACACACAAGGUCCAAUACAGGUAAGUGUCUGGUGGUGGAAGCAGUGGGCACUGCUCCCUGGGAAUGAACACUGCUCCUACAGAUGGGGAACAUGGAGAUUUUAAUUAUUUUUAUUUCUAUCAUUAUGAUGUACUUUUUACAAAAACAAGUCACAAAAUACCAUGUGAUGCAUCUAAACUAAGAACCUCCAAAGUGCCUACUAGCCUUUCACACAGACACACAUUUACUGAUUUUCAGAAUUACAAAUAACUCAGCUGGAAUGACUCCAUUACUAACAUUCAGACUCCAAAACCAGUUGGGACCCAAUAAUUACUAGACUUUCUGAAGCUUCAGGAGGAGCUCUUUGAAUUUCAUAUGAGUGAAGUACUGGGAGCUUUGAUUAUACAAAAGGGUUGGAACAGCCUCUGAACUUAAUAGUACUGGUAUUUCCCUAUGCAAUUGAGCCAUGUGAGAAGGGAUGAAGAGCCACAGCCUUACUAGCCAAAAUCAGUUUCACCAACUCUCUGCAGCCCAUUUCUGUUUUCUCAAAUGUAGAGUUUACCUCUAUUCCCUCUUAGUGUUUUCCAUAACCCUGCUUUUUUUGUGGCUACUUUCUGCAGUGUUUCUUGUCUAUCAGAGACCCUAAACCCAAGGCAUGUAUUUUUCUAGGUUACACCCCUUCUAUUUGUUGGCUUUGUUAGGCUCAUGAGACCAGGUCCAAACCCUUCCAAAGUUACAGUCUUUGCCUGAUUUUACUCAGUCUUAGAGAGAAGGCACAGAGUGAAGAAGGACUCCUAACCUUUUUCUGGGUCCUUCUCUGUCCUUAACUGCAGGGUAAAAAAUACCUGGAAUACUACCUAUGAUUAGGCAACAAGGCAAAAACUGUUGUAAAAAGUCCAAAUCCAGACUGCUUCAUACAGACAAGCAGGUCAGUGAGAAGCAGGCAGACACAGAGUGCAGUGCCAAGACACAUCCAGCAGCUUCCACCUGCUGGGAAUGCCAGGGAGCAGAGUGGCCAAGGCUUCAGGGGUGACAAAGGCUGCAUGUUGAGGAUGUAGGGCUACCUUAGAAGGUUACCUGCAGCAUCUCAUCUGGUUGAUUUCUCAGCCAAGGCUCUGGGGUUUGUUGGAGCCUCAAAAUUCUCCACUUGGAGAGGGGAUCAGUAACAGAAAGCACCGAGGAAUGGCUUAUUUGCUGAGAGACCCCAGUCACAGCGAGGUAACACAACAGACUCAGGGUUUCUCUCACUGAGCACCAGCCUGCUGCACACAGGCACAGAGCUCUGCAGGGACUGACAGCUCAGAAUUAGGGGUUUGCUGCCAGUCUGCCUGAAGAAAGAGCAGCACUGGGCCACUGGUGAGUGAGAGAUCUGCUUUUAAGACAUAUCCCCUGCUCCAAGUAAGAAAGAAAAAAAGAGGGGAAAGAAAAAAAAAGAAGUAGCAGCAGAGAACAGUCAUGGUAAGAGAAACACAGGAGAUUAAAGACAUAACACAAUUUUCACAGAGGCAAAUCAAAUAAAUUAAAAAAAAAAGAAUAAGACUUUACAGACCUAAAUAUCCUCCUUGGUAAUGAAAGAAGAAGCCAUGUGCUACAGUGAAAAACAAGUCUAAUAAACAAUAACCUCAUUAUAUGGUACAUCAUUAACCAAUAAAAAUCUUUGUAGGCUACAGACAGGACAUCAUGUUACUGCUUUUUGGUUUUACAACAAUUAAAGCUCACUAAUGUGCCACAACUCCUGUAAGAGACAAGACCACACAGUAAGGCUUAGAUACUCAGGCAUCUUGGGGGCUCUGGGAGUUCUGGGUCUCUCAGAAGCAUCCCCUUACAGCUCCUUCUGACAAGGUUUACUGUGAACGAUGAGAAAUUUACUGUCAGCUUGCUCUGAUGCACAGCUGGCCACUCCUGCAGACAGGCAGGCCUCCCAAUCCUCCACAGAGAAGGAGCAGCUCUGCAGCCUGUUCACCCAGACAAGGCUCUAAAAUGCAACCCAGAGGCUCUCAGUGUCUGGGAGAACGCCAGACAGCCCAAACUCCUGCCUGCAGCCUGCUGGCAGCUCUGUCUGUCUGUCUGGAGUCUGCUACGAGAGGGCUUUGCUGCUGAGCUGCCCUGGCUGCCUGGGCUGAGGAGGCUCCCCAGCAGGAUUUCAGGCAGCAGGGAUUUCAGCCAGCUCACCCAGGGGCCACAGGCAGGGCCUGCCUGGGGCAGGUGAGAGCAAACAGGCUGCAAGAGACAGAGUGAAUUACCAGGCUGAUAUAAAAAGGCUGACAGUGUGCCCCCGAACAUCUGUUUGCUGUGCAAUAGCUAUUUACAGAAACAUGCUAAGUGGCACUCUGCUCAAGUGUGUUUGUAUUUGAUUUCGUUGAUUACUUUGUUUCCUGGCUCAGGUUUGCUCAAUGAGCUCUCCCAAUUCAGUUGAGUUGGUUGGAAUCACCUGAAAACCAAUUUCUGUUUCUGUUUUGAUGGAUGGUCUCAGCCUCACCUUUUGCUGGGGUGGUGGAUUGAAACACCUGCACUUUAUUUCCCCUUCCACUCUGCUGUGAACAGAACCAUGUUCUACGUGAGGCCAAAAUGACUCCUGCUGAAGCCAGAACAGAGGAUGUAAUUUGGCCAUAGCGUUCCUCUGUGUUCCUAAAAUCCUGAUGUCUCAGUGCUCUCCUUAUGAUCAAAUUGAUGUUCAUCUUCUCAGAUCUCCUCCACUGCUAGCUAACUAAAUAGUAAUGAAAAAAAUUGGACACACAAUAGUUAAUGUGAAUGAGCUGUGGCUUGAAAUAGCAGGUAACAGAUGGAAACAAAAGACACCGACUAUCCUGACACUUCUAUCUUUAAAUGUUUGUUUAUGCUAAAAAUAUGCUUCAGGCCAGCAAGCCUGUCUGUGCCUAUAACCUUCACUGUAUGCUCAGUCUAUACUUCAAACCAGCCCCAGCCUGAAAGCCAAAUAUUGCAGACAUUUUCUGAAAUCAUCAGGAGUUGUGGGAUCAGAAUCUGGAACAAUCUGGGUUUAAGAUUAAAAAGUCCAAACCCAAACCAGAACUAACAGAGGUUCCAAGACUCUCCUUUCUAACUUUACUCAGAGUGUCUGGCUGCUCCCAUUGAUGCCAAACUCCCAACAACCCUCCCAGGCAGGUGGGUGAGAGCCCUCCCCCUGACUGGGCUCUGCAGGGAUGUGCCCUUCAGUGGCCACUUUUCUGGGGAAGGAUCAUGCACAAAUUGUGACCCAGAAAGCCAGGGUGGAAUCCUGUACCUGAUGAAAUUAUCACUGCCACCAUGUGCAUAAAGAAACCUCUUACCAUGCCACUGAUGGUUCCAGUUAUGCCUCAUACACCAAGAUAUUAAUGAUUUUAGUUUAGGCUGUAUUUUUAUACCACUGUGCAAAAGUAUGAUGGAUAAUUCUGGAAUAAGAAUAAGGGCUGGCUUGGAAAAUGUCACUGGAGAUGCAGACUUGAAUGCAGAUUGUGCCAUCUUUCCAAAAAUAUACAUCAACUUUACCUUUUUUUAAUAUAUGUGUUAUAUACACACCACAGGCUCAAUUUUCCCAUAUUGGUGCUUCUCUUCAUGCUCGAACUCCUUACAUCUACAGAGUCCCUGAAGAAGCAAAAGAGUUUUUCCUGAUCUUGAACAUAAUGUAUGGGAUUCUUCCUCAGCUGUUCGCUUACAGGUGUGUCAACAAGCCAGAGUUUUUCAUGAAACCAAAACAAGAAGAAAAACCAGAAUAGCAGAACUGUUUCCAGCUCCUGUCCUUGGCUAUGUAUAUAACUGGGUUGGGAUGUAACUGAACUGCUCAGAGGGAACCCAAAUGAAGCGUGUAAGAUGUGUAAAAUUGCACAACUGUGUAGUCGCACGGUCUGCUCUGUUUAUCCUACUGAAAAAGGGAAAAUAAAGACAACUGCCUUCAGCACCACUUCUCAA